CGCAUACAGCGGGCCGGCUGCUGCUGCGCGCUUUGGAUUGAAUUAUUUAGUUUAGUUAGCUCGCUGAGCAUCUGAAGACUAAAUAUGCCGCGGGAAAUCAUAACACUUCAGCUUGGACAGUGUGGCAAUCAAAUUGGAUUUGAAUUUUGGAAGCAGCUGUGUGCAGAGCAUGGCAUCAGCCCAGAGGGAAUUGUUGAGGAGUUUGCAACUGAAGGAACAGACAGAAAGGAUGUGUUCUUCUAUCAGGCUGAUGACGAACACUACAUCCCCCGUGCAGUUCUGCUAGAUCUGGAGCCCAGAGUGAUCCACUCCAUCCUCAACUCUCCUUAUGCCAACCUAUACAACCCGGAGAACAUUUACCUCUCUGAGCAUGGUGGAGGUGCUGGGAACAACUGGGCUAGUGGCUAUUCACAGGGUAAAAAAAUCCAAGAAGACAUCUUUGACAUUAUUGACCGGGAGGCAGAUGGUAGCGACAGUUUGGAGGGCUUCGUCCUCUGUCAUUCAAUUGCUGGUGGGACCGGAUCAGGGUUGGGAUCCUAUCUACUGGAGAAACUUAAUGACAGGUACCCAAAGAAGCUGGUCCAGACUUAUUCUGUUUUCCCGAACCAGGAUGAGAUGAGUGAUGUGGUGGUGCAGCCGUACAACUCGCUGCUAACACUGAAAAGGCUCACCCAAAAUGCAGACUGUGUGGUUGUGUUAGACAACACGGCACUAAAUCGAAUUGCCACAGACAGACUGCACAUCCAGAACCCCUCCUUCUCUCAGAUCAAUCAACUGGUUUCCACCAUCAUGUCUGCCAGUACGACUACACUGCGAUACCCAGGUUACAUGAACAACGACCUGAUCGGCCUCAUCGCGUCCCUCAUUCCCACGCCACGUCUCCACUUUCUUAUGACCGGGUACACACCGCUCACAACUGACCAGUCGGUUGCUAGCGUGAGGAAGACCACAGUGCUGGACGUGAUGAGGAGGCUUCUGCAACCUAAGAACGUAAUGGUGUCCACAGGACGAGAGAGACAGCCGAGCCACUGCUAUAUCGCCAUCCUGAACAUAAUCCAGGGUGAAGUCGACCCCACGCAGGUACAUAAAAGUCUCCAAAGGAUCCGUGAACGUAAACUCGCCAGUUUCAUUCCCUGGGGUCCAGCCAGUAUUCAAGUGGCUUUGUCCAGGAAGUCCCCAUACCUGCCGUCCGCCCACAGAGUCAGCGGUCUGAUGAUGGCCAACCACACAAGUAUUUCCUCUCUCUUUGAGCGGACGUACCGGCAAUAUGACAAACUGCGGAAGCGCGGAGCUUUUCUGGAGCAGUUCCGCAAAGAAGACAUAUUCAAGGACAACUUUGACGAGCUGGACAACUCUCGGGAAGUGGUCCAACAGCUGGUGGACGAGUACAGCGCAGCAACGCGCCCAGAUUACAUUUCCUGGGGCACACAGGAACAGUGAGCAGACAUGUUGAUUUCCAUGUCAAACAGAAUUCCUUCUGAUGAGUGCUUAGUUAGUUUAGCCGAACCCAGCCCCUCUACACUUUGAAUUAUUUUCCUACAUUCAGGCAUCCCCAGGGUGAAAGAAACAUGUCUGUAGCCACAUUUAUUGAAUUUUUACAACAUAAGGUAUAGUCCAUUUAUGUCUCAGCAUUGACUAAAUCAGUUUGGACAAUAAAUUGUUCUAUUUUCACCAGGAAGUAAAAUGUGCACAAUGCUCCAAAGUGACAAUUGGCUGAAAUAAUUUAGAUGACAUUUUAUACAGAUUAUGAAAAUAACCAGUUAAUUAGAUUAUCACAGCACCAUUUAUUUUGUUGGGUUGGCAGU